AUGUCAACAAAAGUGCCCAACAUUAAACUGAAAAUUGAUCCUCGGAAUCUGCAGAUCCAGACAUUCACAGUGGAGAAAUUACUGGAACCACUGAUAAUUCAGGUUACAACAUUAGUGAACUGUCCACAGAAUCCUUCUGGUAAGAAGAAGGGCCGUUCCAAAAGAGCUCGUGUCCUGCUUGCCUCAGUGGAGGAGGCCACUUGGAACCUGCUGGACAAGGGAGAGAAGAUUGCCAAGGAAGCGGCUGUGUUCAAGGAGGAGCUGCACGCGGCGCUCGCCGAUGUGCGGAGAGAGAGUCGGGCCCUGCAGGUGUCGGCAGAGGCGUUCACCAGCGAUCCCUGCUCCCUGCCCCGGAGGCAGGCGGUGGUGCCCGCCGCUCGCUCCCUGCUGGCCGCGGUCACCCGGCUCCUGGUUCUGGCCGACAUGGUGGAUGUGGCCUAUCUGCUGCAGCACCUGACUGUGUUUCAAAGAACAUUUGAGUCUUUAAAAAAUGUAUCCAGUAAAUCUGAUCUGCAGAAAACCUACCAAAAGUUUCAAAAGGAUCUGGAAAACCUUGAUUACCUGGCAUACAAACGUCAGCAGGAUUUGAAAUCUAGCAAUCAGCGAGAUGAAAUUGCUGCAGCACGUGUAUCCCUGAAGGAAAAUUCUGCAUUCCUACAUUCAAUAUGUUCAGCUUGUUUGGAACAUUCAGAUGUUGCAUCCCUUACAGCCAGCAAGGAUUCAAUUUGCAAUGAAAUACAGAAUGCUCUCAAUGUAAUUUCCAAUGCUUCCCAAGGAGUUGGAAAUAAAGUGGAGCAACCUGCACCUCGUACAGCUACUCUGGGAAGUGCACUUGAUGAGCUUGAGAAUUUAAUAGUGCUGGAUCCUCUGGCGGUGAGCGAGGAGAAGGUGAGGCCGUCCCUGGAGCAGCGGCUGGAGGCGAUCAUCAGCGGGGCGGCGCUGCUGGCCGACUCCUCGUGCACACGGGACUCGCACCGCGAGCGCAUUGUCGCCGAGUGCAGCGCCAUCCGCCAGGCCCUGCAGGAGCUGCUGGCCGAGUACCUGCGCUCCUGUUGGUUUCAAACUUGUCUAGGUGAAAGCUGCAGGCCUGGCAGGGCAGAGAGGAGCAAUGCCCUGAAUGUUGCCAUAGACAGUAUGUGCAAGAGGACCAGAGACCUCCGCAGGCAGCUCAGAAAAGCCAUUAUAGAUCACAUCUCAGACUCCUUCUUAGACACCACUGUUCCUCUGCUGGUUCUCAUUGAAGCUGCUAAAAAUGGAAGAGAGAAAGAAAUAAAGGAGUAUGCUGCUAUAUUUCGAGAACAUACCAGCAGGCUUGUGGAGGUUGCCAAUCUUGCUUGUUCAUUGUCAACAAAUGAAGAUGGAACGAAAAUUGUCCAAAUGGCAGCAAACCACAUUGAGACUCUGUGCCCACAGGUCAUUAAUGCUGCUUUAGCUCUUGCUGCCAGACCAAAAAGUCAAGUUGUGAAAAACAACAUGGAGAUGUACAGGAGUACGUGGGAGAGUCACAUCCGUGUUCUUACUGAGGCUGUGGAUGAUAUAACAAGUAUUGAUGAUUUCCUUGCUGUGUCAGAGAGCCACAUCCUGGAGGACGUGAACCGCUGCAUCGUGGCGCUGCGGGAGCAGGACGCCGAGGGCCUGGACCGCGCCGCCGGCGCCAUCCGCGGCCGCGCCGCACGGGUCGCGCACGUCGUGGCGGGGGAGAUGGACAACUACGAGCCCGGAGCCUACACCCAGGGGGUGCUGGGGCACGUGCAGCAGCUCUCCGGGGCUGUGAUUCCAGAGUUUAUUAGUCAAGUAAAUAUUGCAUUGGAGAGCUUAAGCAAGAACACAGUGCAUCUGUUUGAUGACAACCAGUUUGUUGACAUUUCCAAGAAGGUGUACGAUACAAUCCACAACAUCAGGUGCUCCGUCAUGAUGAUUCGGACGCCCGAGGAGCUGGAGGACGUGUCUGACCUGGAGGAGGAGCAGGACACCCGGAGCCGCACCAGCGCCCAGACCGAGGGCAGGACGGACCGGGCCAAGAUGACUCAAUUGCCAGAAGCUGAAAAGGAAAAGAUAGCUGAGCAAGUGGCUGACUUCAAAAAAGUCAAGAGUAAGCUUGAUGCAGAGAUUGAAAUCUGGGAUGAUACCAGCAAUGACAUAAUUGUUCUUGCCAAGAGGAUGUGUGUGAUUAUGAUGGAGAUGACUGACUUCACAAGGGGGAGAGGCCCUCUGAAGCACACGGCCGAUGUCAUCAACGCCGCCAAGGUGAUCUCGGAGUCAGGCUCGCGCAUGGACGCCCUGGCGCGGCUCAUCGCCGACCAGUGCCCAGACCAGUCGUGCAAGCAGGAUUUGCUAGCUUACCUAGAACAGAUCAAGCUGUACUCCCACCAGCUCAAGAUCUGCAGCCAGGUUAAAGCAGAAAUCCAGCAUCUCGGUGGAGAGCUCAUCAUGUCUGCACUGGACAGUGUCACUUCACUGAUUCAGGCCGCCAAAAACUUAAUGAAUUCUGUGGUGCAGACAGUGAAGAUGUCCUAUAUUGCAUCCACAAAGAUCAUCAAGAUUCAGAGUCCUACUGGCCCACGCCAUCCAGUUGUGAUGUGGAGAAUGAAGGCUCCAGAGAAGAAGCCCCUGAUUAAAAGGGAGAAGCCAGAAGAAAUCUAUGCUGCUGUCAGAAAAGGUUCUGCCAAGAAGAGAAUCCAUCCUGUGCAAGUCAUGAGUGAAUUCAGAGGCAGAGAAAUAGUCUAAUAUUUUGCCACUAUGUUUUCUUACCUUGAAUUUCCCAUGAUUUUUCAUCUUUUCCCCUGCUUACUUAAUAAUUAUAUAUGUCAAUGUUUUGCUCUAAAUUUGUAAGAUAACACUUGCUUGAAUGCUUUGAAAAUGCUGUUGGAUUAGUUAGAAGCACACAGUUGGAAAUAAUGCUGGUUCUCCUGCAGUGGGGAGGUGAGGUGGCCCCACUGUAGUGGGUCUGGGUGUGACACAGGCAUUUCUGCUGCUGGGCCAGGCCCUGAGGGGCACCUGUGACCAGCUCACACCCACCCAAACCUGGGUCCAGACUGCAGCAUCCUUGGCCAAGACCGUGCCUUGGAAAUGUAAGCUUGAAAAUGUUUGAUGAAACACACAGAGUGUUGGAACAACGUGGAUGUAACAAUGCAGUAAAGAAAGCACUGACUGCAGGCCAGCAGGGGUGACAGCUUUUUAGAAGGCCUUUGGAAACAUGACCAGGAAUCUGUGUUCUGCUCCCUGCUCUCUUCUGUGAGCCCCAAUAAACCUGCUGGCUCUUGUAUUUGGCAGUUCAGAUAAGUCAGACAUUAACAAUAAAAAAACUUUCCUAUGGCUGCACAAAAGAAGAACUUUGAAAUAAAUCAUUAUUCUGAGUGUGUGAAAUACACAUAUCUUGAAUCUUAGAAUGGGGUGACUUUUCCAAAGCAACUGUAAGGAAUUAAGUUACUUCUGACAGACUUGCUAAAUGCAGGACUCUGCUGGUGAGCACUGAAUGGCUGCACUCAAAGUGUGUCAGGAAGGUAAAUCCUGCUAGUCCAGACCUCUGCAAUGUGCUUAAGAAAAACUAGUUUUUUCUAAAUACUUUUGAAUCUGAAAUCCACUUCGACUAAUUUUUUUAGAAGGCUCUAACUUGCCUUUUUGCCAAGUCAUGAAUUCUUCCCAGACUACAUUUGUUACUCAAGAUGUCUUUGCUUGGCCAUUCCGUAGAUCCUUUAUCAUGGCUUCUACAUUUGCCAAG